UCGCCAGGAAAGAGAGAGUGUGCGAGAGAGAGAGAGAGGGAGAGAGAGGGAGAGAGAGAAGGGAAAGGGGGAAAAAGAAAACUCUCCUCGCCGCCGACAUGACUCAGUAACUUUUCAGCCGGGAUCUGCUUCUCCGCCUCCUUUCCCCCACCCCUCCCCGUCCACCCCCCAGCAUCGGAAGCCCCCGACAGCCUGGAGAUGUAUUCUUCGCCUCUCUGCCUCGCCCAGGAUGAGUUCCACCCCUUCAUUGAGGCUCUCCUCCCUCAUGUCCGGGCCUUCGCCUACACCUGGUUCAACCUGCAGGCCCGGAAGCGCAAGUACUUCAAGAAGCACGAGAAACGGAUGACCAAGGACGAGGAGCGGGCCGUGAAGGACGAGCUGUUGAACGAGAAACCCGAGGUGAAGCAGAAGUGGGCCUCCCGCUUGCUGGCCAAGCUGCGGAAGGACAUCAGGCCUGAGUUCCGGGAAGACUUUGUCCUCUCCAUUACGGGCAAGAAGCCCUCAUGCUGCGUCCUCGCCAACCCCGACCAGAAGGGGAAGAUGCGCCGGAUCGACUGCCUGCGCCAGGCCGACAAAGUAUGGCGCCUGGACCUGGUCAUGGUCAUCCUUUUCAAGGGCAUCCCCCUGGAGAGCACCGAUGGGGAACGGCUCGUCAAGGCUGCGCAGUGCACCAACCCAAUCCUCUGUGUCCAGCCCCACCACAUCAGCGUCUCGGUCAAAGAGCUCGAUCUGUACCUGGCGUAUUUUAUUCGUGAGAGAGAUUCAGAUCAAAGCAGCAGCCCGAGGACGGGAAUCGGUUCAGACCAAGAGGACAGCAAACCUAUCAUCACGUUGGAUGCGACAGAUUUCCAGGAAAAUUUUGUCACGUCGGGCGUCUUCAGUGUCACGGAGCUUAUCCAAGUCUCCCGAAGUGAGUAGUUCAUAGCUGCUUCUUUCUGAGGGGUGAGAUUGUGG